AUGGCCUAUAAAAGUACAGCUGCUGUUGACCUUACUAGUAACGUUGUCCUAAGCCUUCCCGCCAAGUACGUUGAUGAGUUUCUCUUUGAGCCUGAAGAGGGCAACAUCUUAGAGAUCCUGCUGCACGUCUUUGUCUACGCAACUGCUGCCUCUAGGCGCUGUAGGCAUUACAUCUCCAUCAACACAGAGCGCGGCACGAUCGUCCUUGCGGACGCGCAAACCGGUUCUAAUCCAACCAGAGUAUCGGAGCCUGCGAGUCUUAAAAUACUGCCUUCCUGCUGCUCGUCUCUCUCAGACGCCCCGGAUAAAAGUGCCUGGCGUAUGUUUCAGAUCUAUACGUUCCAUAAGGUUGUUUCCAUGGCCAAAGAUAAGUUCUGGAAGUUUGAGGUGUUAUAUCGAGAUGAGGGCGUCUUCACGGAACGACACGAUAGGGAGAGGUGCGUGAACAGACUAGACGAGUAUCAGGAGUAG